UUAUCUCUUUGGGACGGUUGUCAGCAAGUACGGUAACUUGCAAGCCGACUACAAGGACACCAUGGCGGUCGUCCAACAUGCCGAGGGCGGCGACCUCAGGAAGGUCACGAGGAUCCCUAAGUUGGAGGCGGAGCUAGUGGAGCUUCACGUUGAGGAGGAGAAGUUCAAGAGGUGCACAGCAAAGCACGGCGGCGAUGAAGGAAACGAACGAGAGGAGUAUGGGCGGUGGGAACGACAUUCGACACGGAUGCAGAAGCUGUGUAGUUCAUUUCUGCACGAGGAUCAAGGGGUGUUACUUAUCGUAAAGCCACAUGCUGGACUUGUGUGGGAGCUUCUGCGUGCGGGCUAUCAUGUUUUUGCAUGCGACGGGUCGUCCAAAGACAUCUCGUACUUGACGAAGGUCAUCGACAUUCUUGGGAAGGACGCAAUAAACGAUUGCACAGUUGAGAGGCAGAAGACGGCGCAUCGCCCGGAUAGAGAUAUGUACCACAAUUUGGGCAAGAAGAAAAACAAGAUGUGGGACUAUCUGUUCCAAGGCCAACCCAAAUCGCCAUUCGAGAAUGACUACAUAGUUCGCAAAGCGAUGGCACAUGAAGCGUAUGGUGGCUACCAUAAAGCGCAGUUGGGUGUGUUUGCAAUGUUCGUGGCGAGAUGUGAACAAAUGAGGUUCGCAGCCAAUCAGGCUACGCUGUCAUACGAUGAGUACAGCAAAAUCGCCAAAACAACCGAUGCAUGGAAUCCGAUCGAGAGCGACGAGGAGACCGAAACAUCAGACCUUGAAAUCGAAGAGCGAGUGAAACGUUUGCGAGAGAGAAUGCAGAGUGUGCCAGCAUGCAGCGUGCCGAACGAGAAUCGAGAAGAAGGUCGCACGAAAUCGGGAAGUCUAACGCGUGACGUGACCGACAGGGCGAGUUCCAUUGAACAGAUGCAAACGGAUUCGCCUACGCCCCUCAAAGCACUUGAGAAUGCAUUCAUUCAUGGCAAUCGUCACGGGCCCCAGGAAAGGCAUUGCACUCUUCGAGGAAACACGGAACACAACACGAUGGCAGACGACGAUGAGGAUGACUUGGCGGUUCCAGAUGCCCUUUCAAGGCUGAUGCCUAGUGAUGAUAUUCCCGAUCGCAUUGUGCAGGCCAGUGAACAACCGUACUUCAUUGAAGACAAGGUGCCAGAAACGACGUCUGAGAAGUAGGGACACCACAUUUUGUGGCACACAGACGUAUUCGAGCCAUGCAUUUUCAAUGGGGAGUGACGAGGAGACCGAAACAUCGGACCUUGAAAUCGA